GGAGCCGGGGAGCGGCGCCCGGCUGGAGCGGCCCCGCCGCGCCCGAGGCACCGGCCCUGGAGCCACUGAGCAUCGGCCCCGGGGGGACCGGCCGGACCCGAAGAUGAAAUCCUCUGACAUCGACCAAGAAUUGUUCACUGAAAGUUACUGCAAGGUGUGCAGUGCUCAGCUGAUCUCUGAGUCCCAGCGUGUGGCCCAUUACGAGAGCAGGAAGCAUGCCAGCAAAGUCCGCCUGUACUACAUGCUUCACCCCAUCGACGGAGGCUGCCCCGCGAAAAAGCUCCGGUCAGAAAAUGGCAGUGAUGGUGACUCAGUGGAUAAGAACAAAUGCUGCACACUAUGUAACAUGUCCUUUACCUCAGCAGUGGUGGCAGAAUCGCAUUACCAAGGGAAAAUCCAUGCCAAAAGGUUAAAACUGUUGCUAGGGGAACAACCAGCAUUAAAGGCCACAGAAGCUGCUUUGGGCUCCCUGAAGGCUCCGCACCCGGCCAGCGGCGCGGUGCCGCCGCCGCCGCAGCGCAGGGACUCGGACAGGUACUGCCAGCUCUGCGCCGCCUGGUUCAACAACCCCCUGAUGGCUCAGCAGCACUACGACGGCAAAAAGCACAAGAAGAACGCGGCCAGGGCCGACCUCCUGGAGCAGCUGGGCAAGACCCUGGACCUGGGGGAGCUGCGAGGCCUGAAGCGCAGCUACACCUGCAACAUCUGCAACGUCACCCUGAACUCCAUAGAGCAGUACCACGCACACCUGAAGGGCUCCAAACACCAGACCAACCUGAAGAACCAAUAGUAGCUCGUCAGUGGAGAAGAGGACAAGCACUAACGCUGCUUCUGUGGAGGGGAGCGGGUCAGAGGAGAGGAGGCUUUCUUGGACAGUGAUCCUAUGUGGAUUCAAUAAUUAACAUGUAACUAACCUUUGCUUUGGACAAAAUACAUGGAUUUUUUUUUUUUAAUUUUGUGGUGAGUUAAAAUAUUUGGAUGGAUUUUUUUACCCUUUCAAGACAAUAUUUAUUCAGCACAGAGUCUAGAGUAUGAUAACUAUCCUGUAAAUACAGCACUUACUCAUCAGUCAUCUUCAGGGACAGUGGAAACAAAUGAUUUUACUUUUUCAUAUUUAUUCCUAGAUUUCUCCCAAGAGUAUAAGAUUAUUCUGCUACAUUAUCCAUGAUAGUGAUGUAAUCAGUCUUCAAUCAGAAAUAAACACACUUUCUUCACCUUCUC